AUGCCGGAAGUGACCGAGGCGGCGGCGGAUGGUGGCGAGGUAGGGGAGCUUGGCGCGGACGCAGGGGUGGAGGCGGGCUGCGGAUGGAGCGUGGACGAGGAAGAGGAUCGCCUGGAACCUGAUACCAAGUUGUCAAGGGCCUCGGUUUUUGCAACCUCCCACGCAUCCCCUGUCCGUCACCUCCUCACCGCCGCGGCGCCCGCAGUUUCCCCCAUCCGUACUAGCUUCGCCGUGGAGGAGUACCUCGUCUCCACCUGCGGCCUCACCCGACCCCAGCCCGUCAAAGCCUCCGCCAAGCUCUCCCACCUCAAAUCACCAUCCAAGCCCGACGCAGUCCUCACCUUCCUCGCCGGCCUCGGCCUCUCCGGCGCCGACGUCGCCGCCCUCAUCGCCAAGGACCCGCUGUUCCUCUGCGCCAAAGUGGAGAAAACCCUGGCACCCAACGUCGCCGGGCUCACCGGCCUCGGACUCUCGCCUUAUGACAUCGCGCGCCUCGUCUCGCUUUCCCGUCACAGAUUCCGGUGCAGAUCCAUCGUCUCCAGGCUUUCUGACAUGCACUACUACCUUACUCUCUUUGGGUCCUCUGACAACGUCCUCCGGGCACUCAAGAGGAGCUUCUACCUUCUCACCUCUGACCUCGAGGGGGUGGUCAAGCCUAACCUGGCGUUGCUACGGGAGUGCGAGCUAGGUGCUUGUGAUAUUGCCAAGCUAUGCACCAGCCGACCAGGUCUGCUCAGCACCAACCCGGAGCGCUUCCGGGGCAUGGUGGCAUGCGCCAAAAACAUGGGUGUGCCCUGUGGUUCUGGGAUGUUUGGCCACGCGCUGCAUGCUGUUGCAUGUUUCAGCAAAGAGGAGAUCGCAGCCAGAGUGGACUGCUUGAAGAACACGUUCAUGUGGACGGAUGCUGAGGUGGCCAUUGCCGUUUCCAAGGCUCCAUUGAUGCUGACGAGGUCCAAGGAGUCGAUGCAGCGUAGCUCUGAGUUCCUCAUCUCCGAGGUUGGCUUGGAACCGGCAUACAUUGCUCGUCGGCCGGCAGUGCUCACUUACAGCCUGGAGGGCCGGCUCAGGCCCCGGUAUUACGCUGUAAAGUUCCUCAAGGAAAAUGGAUUGCUCAAUCAUGACCGGGACUACUAUUCUCCAGUUUUAGUGAGCAAUAACGAUUUCAUGAAGAAGUACAUAUGCCCUCACAAGGAAGCUGCACCACACCUUGCUGAAGACUAUGCAGCAGCUUGCAGAGGGGAAGUGCCUGCGAGAUUCAUAUUUGCAUGAACCAAGACCGGUAUGAAAAUUGGUAUGUUCAUUAUGUCAUUCGGUUGAGAAGAAAGCAUCGCACCACUAUGACUUGUCCUUCCUCAUAUUGACACACAUAUUGGAACCAAGAGUGUAAGAUCAUAGCAUCCCUCGAGUGCUUUGAAGUAUGAAUGAGCAGAAUUUCUGCACACUCUGUAUCUUUAUGUU